UGAGUUUGAUGGGGAAGACAGACAUAUUGGUUUCCCCACAUGGAGCACAGAUGACAAACAUGAUUCUAAUGAACAGAAACAGCAGUGUAAUGGAAUUCUUCCCCAAAGGGUGGCUCAAACUUGCAGGCAUUGGCCAAUAUGUGUACCAUUGGAUUGCUAGCUGGUCUGGAAUGAGGCAUCAAGGUGCUUGGAGAGACCCUCAUGGUCCUCCCUGUCCUUAUGCUCCCGACGAUCGUCGCUGUAUGUCCAUUUACAAAAGUGGCACCAUUGGAUACAACAGAACACACUUUUCGGAGUGGGCUAAGAAUGUUCUGAACGAGGUGAAGAUGAGAAAGAUUGAAGAAGCAACACAAGUCCCUGCAAAUAAAGUUCACGAAUGUUCUUGUAUCUAAUUCUUUUCUCAUCUUCUAUGCACAUUUAUUUAAUAAUUUAAACACCCCAUUUAGUUAUUUCUAAAAAAAAUAAACAUUGUAAAAAAAUAUAAUGCUAUUGACUUUUUGUCAAAUGCAAUUACUCCCAUCCCAAGAUUUCUAUGGGUAAUUUGGAAUU